CUGAUAUUGCCUGUAGAGAAGAGGUCAAGAUCAACGGAUUAAGGCUCCAGCAACACAAACCAAACCACCACCAUGAAACACUUCCUGAGGAUGUCUACAAGCAAGAAUUCCCUCUUUUAAAGGCUUUUGAAAGCAAACUUGGGGUGCUUUUUAUGCUGUUCAUGUUACAAAUGGAAGAUUUCAACUGUUGUAAGCUUGAGAUGGAUGAGUAGUAGAAAACUGAAGGAUGUUUGUCCAGGUAUGCCUGUACUUCUACUGCAAAUGCUUGUGGCGCUGCCUAAAAUUUGUGGUCAGGAAACUAACAGGUCAAUGUGAAUUGCAAAGGAUCUGUUACAAUACCAAACCUGGAGCUGCCAGAACUAUGAAAAUAGAGGCAUCACUGAAAGGUUCAAAAAGUAAGCGGCUGCAAACUUCAGUAAGUGUUCAUCCUGAUGCCAUUGAAAAAACUAUAGAGGACAUCAUGGAGCUGAAAAGGAUUAAUCCAGAUAUAAAUCCACAGUUGGGAGUAUCUCUUCAGGCAUGCCUGCUCCAGAUUGUGGGGUACAGAAAUCUGAUUGCAGAGGUUGAAAAGCUGCGCAGAGAGCCCUAUGAUUCAGAGAAUCCGCAACAUGAGGAAAUGCUUCUGAAGUUGUGGAAAUGCUUGAAGCCCAAUUCACCACUGAAAGCUCGGAUCUCAAAGCAGUGGUGUGAAAUUGGUUUCCAAGGUGACGAUCCUAAAACAGACUUUAGAGGGAUGGGUCUUCUGGGCUUAUAUAACUUGGUGUAUUUUGCUGAAUGGGACACUGAGAUAGCUCUUCAAGUUCUCUCUGAUUCACUUCAUCCUAAAUACAGGGAAGUCACUAAGAAGGAUCUAAGCCAACUCAGCAAAGCUGAAUGGGAGAAGAAAAAGUUUGAUAAGGCCAUCGGCUAUUCUUUUGCAAUCGUGGGCAUUAACAUAACAGAUCUCGCAUACAACCUGCUUGUCAGUGGAGCUCUGAAGACCCAUUUCUACAAUGUUGCUCCAGAAGCACCAACACUAACUCACUUUCAGCAGACGUUCUGCUACCUAAUGCAUGAAUUCCACAAGUUCUGGAUUGAAGAAGAUCCUCUGGACAUCAUGGAGUUCAACCGCAUCAGAGAGAAAUUCCAUAAGCGAAUCUUGAAACAGCUCCAGAACCCGGAGAUGGCUUUGUGCCCUCAUUUUGCUGCGUCAGAAAGCUUAAUCAAUAUGUAGUUUCUCAUUCAAUUUGAUUUGGAAACACUGUCUCACUCUUGUGUUAGCUCACUGUUUAGACCAUCACUAGCAUACUGAAUGACCAUGGCGAUUGUAUGCAUGUUUUUGGUGCAGUACCCAUCUAUUUUGUCACAAGUACUGGAUUCCCCUUCUGCUUCUCUCGGUGGGGAUUUCUCAUUUUGAGUGGGUGCUCAUGUUGCCCCAUUAUGCAGUGUGACAUUCUCAAUUGAUGUCCAAGUAUCAGAGUUUUUCUAUUUUUUUAGACUUUCCUCAUAAUUUGGCAUUGACAAUUGAAUCGUAUUUCUCUAGCCGUGUUUUUGUAUAUGUGGAAUAAGUAGCUGGAUCUCGUAUUGUGACAGCUUUUUAACUUCUUGGUAUGUUUUAAGAUAACUACUGGCAUUUCAAGCAAAUUAUGUGUUUGGACCUCAUCUAGAAGAUAAUGUGUAUAAUUUAAUCCGAUGCAGGCAAACACAUUAAAGUCCGAUUUUCUCCAUGCAGACAUUAUAAGCUCAAUGCAGAAUUAAUGAGGCUUAUGAGAUACAAGUUUCAGUGAGAGGAGUUUAAGCAGAAUUGCUAUUGGACACAGCUGCAUGAAUACCAAGUGGUCUGGUGAUGCUAACACAUUCACAGUAAACUGCAAACACACUCACAGCUACUACCAGAUACUGACAGGGGCCAAAAAUUGCCAUGAGGCUGUUGUGACCAUCACCACCAUGCUGAAGCAUGGUCUAAAUUCCUGUACAUUCCUUUGAAUAUAUAGGGGUUAAUAUUUGGUGUCACAUGUUGAAAGGCAAUAUGGUUUGGUUACGUUGCACUUGGUGAAUUCAGAGGAACGAAAAUCUUUUUUUUUCUUUGUUUUCUUUUUUUCUUUUUUUAACUACUAAAACCAUUGUUUUGGUUCUCAGUUCAGUUCCCAGACACCUGGGACAAAUAAUUGAUGAGAAAGUUUAGAGCAAACCCACUUGAGUUUCCCAGACUACUUAUUUAAAAAAGAUAAAAUGGCAAAUUGCCUUUUUUUUCUAAAAGCAUAAACGAGUAAAAGUGUCUGACACUAAGAUUGUGUAGUAUAUUGAACAGCAUCUACCAUGGCAUUUCAUACCCAUGGUAUUUUUUACCUUCUAAGCAAUCAAUUUUAGUAUUAUAUGUUUGUGUAAAUCACUUGCAUAUGGAGACUAAACUGAGUAGUGUCCAACUACUUGUGAAUUAUAUGAAUAAAUUAUAUGUCAUCCUCAACUGAAGCACUGUGUGUUUUGUUUUUGAGGUAUGCAGUAGCACAGAUGAAAACUGUUUUACUUUAAUGGAUCAGAUCAAAGGGAUCCAACAGCUUUGCAUAAUCUCUGUAGUCUGAAGAGUGAUCUGAGCUUCCUCAAAUCAGCUUUUUAAUACCAUUUAUGGUUACAGCUUGGGCUGUUAUUUUGUAAGUGGAAAAAAAAAAAAAAAAGCAAUGAAAGUUCUUGGGAAACUCCUUGGAUUUAAGCCCUCUCAUUUCUUUCCUGUAAUGUAAAUUGGGGAUCAGGACUUCUCUACAGGGCUGGAAACUUGCACUCAUUGCAGAGUUUAUCAGCAAAGUUGUGUGGGUGUUGCAAUAAUUUGCCUUCUCCAAUGAAUUUGGAAAUAUGGAAUUGGGAUUAUUAACCAUUGCAUAUUUUGCAUGAAAAUACAAGGAAUUAAAUUUUUGCAUGGUGAAGUUGCUACUGUUCAUUUUGGAAAGUGGUUAUUUGCAGUUACUCGAUAUGGAACACUUCUUUGCAUCACUCUUGAAGCUUCUAAAAUAAGUUUAUAAUAACCGUUUUCAUCGUUGCAAAUCUCUUGCCUUUCUUCACUGCCUCACUCUGCAGUUUGUUAGGCUACAGUGGUUUAUUUUUAAUACUCUGCACUGGAAAUCAUGGAGUUGAGUGGGAGGGAGGCACAAAGGUCCCUGCUACCUUCUUACUGGUGUGAUCCUCUCAGUUGUUAUGCCUUGUCUCAAGGUAUCAACUUCAAAUAAAAUCAGAAAAUGUCA